AUGGCUGUGUCACAGGCGGCCAACAUUGUGGAGAAAGUCCUCGGACACGGUGACAAUGCUGAAAUCACCACGGAUGUGAGCAACUACAAGAAUGAACAUGGCAUGGAAACUGGCCCUUCUAUCAAGGCCACAACGUGGCAGGGCAAGAACAAGGUUGCCGUUGUCGACAUGCCCAAGCCCAGAGUAGUUGACCCAGGUGAUGUGGUGAUUAAGGUGACUGGAAGUACCAUCUGUGGCAGUGAUCUCCAUUUGUACCACGGUGUCAUCCCCCAGCUUCAGAAAGGCGAUGUGUUGGGCCACGAAUGUUGCGGUGUCGUCGAGACCACCGGACCCGAGGUCUCCAAGGUCAAGGCUGGAGAUCGGGUGGUGGUGUCUUUCCCCAUCGCAUGUGGUCAUUGCCGGAACUGCGAUCGGGAACUCUUCUCUCAGUGCGAGAACACAAACCAAAACACUAUCAGCAAUGUCAUGUAUGGCAAUCGCACAGCCGGCAUGUUCGGAUAUUCGCACUUCACAGGAGGUUUUGCUGGUGGUCAAGCUGAGUACCUGCGUGUCCCGAAUGGCAAUGUCAACUUGCUCCCCAUUCCAGAUGAUGUCCCUGACGAGAAGGCCCUCUUCUUGUCGGAUGUGAUAGCCACCUCAUGGCACUGUGUAGUUGAUACUGGUGUCAAGGAGGGAGAUGUUGUUGCCAUCUGGGGUGGUGGCCCUAUCGGUCAGAUGUGUGCCGAAUUCAGCUUCUAUCAUGGUGCCAGUCGGGUCAUUCUCAUUGACGGAGGCGAUGGUGCCUGGCGACUGGACUAUGUGAAGAGCAAGGUGCCCAAGCUUGAGACGAUCGAUUUCACUAAGCUUGCCAAGGGCGAGUCCGUCACCUCACAGCUGAAGAAGAUGACUGAAGGAGGUCCCGACGUAUGUUUGGAGUGUGCCGCGGGAGAGUAUGCUAAAGGGUGGGCACACUACUUCGAGUUGAUGCUCGGCAUGGAGACAGAUAGCUCGGAGAUUGUGAACGAAAUGAUCACCUCGGUACGAGCCUUUGGCCGCAUCGGUGUAACCGGAAUCUAUGCAGGAUUUACCAAUCACUUUAACAUUGGCGCACUGAUGGAGACGGGUGUCCGUUUCAUUGGCAAUGGACAGGCUCCCGUUCAAAAAUACUGGAAAGAUCUCAUGAAGCUCAUCCAGGAGGGCAAGAUCAACCCCCUCGAUAUGGUGUCUCACCGCAUGCGCCUCGAGGAUAUGACGCAGGUCUAUGAGGCCUUUGAUCGACGUGACAAGGGCAUGCAGAAGGUCUUUGUCCAGACGAAGCACUCGGCUCCUCCUUCUGCAGAUUCGCCUACUCUGACUGAGUUUUAA